AUGAUCGUCUGCGUCGCCGUCGUCGGCCACCAGAAUAAUCCGUUGUACAUACAGAGUUUUACCAAGGGGGAUGAUUCGCUGUUAAGGAUCUCGAUCCUCAACGUCGAAGGAUGCUCGUAUCAUUCGCUCAAGCGUCAUCACAUCGUGCAUUGUUCUCUCGACGUCGUUGAUGAAAGAGUGAACAACCCGAAAAAGUCUGGCCUUAUAAUAAACGAGACAUUUCUUGGUUUGCUGAAUCCAACCGAAAACUACAAAGUGUAUGGUUACUUGACCAAUACCAAGGUGAAGUUCAUAUUGGUAACAACUGAUCUUGAAGUUCGAGAUGUAGAUGCUAGAGUUUUUUUCGGGAGGUUCCACACUGCCUAUGUUGAUGCAGUUUCAAACCCGUUUCACAUCCCGGGGAAGAAAAUAACAUCCAGAAAGUUUGCUGAAAGAGUUAGCACAAUUGUCAAGUCCUUUGGGUUAAGUUCGGGUGGCUGA